AUGGCUUCCACACCCGCAAAGCUGCCCAUCCGAGGCAGAGCAUCGCUCUCGCCCUCGCCGAGGCCGUCGUCGUCCCCGGUCGCUACCUCAAUCAAGAUCCGCGGCCCCGGCAUCACCACUCUGCCCUUCACGACCCUCGACGUCUUCACCAGCACACGCUACCUCGGCAAUCCCCUCGCCGUCGUCUCCGUGCCGGCCUCGAUGGGCAAGCAUGCCCUGACACAGGCCAUGAAGCAGCGCAUCGCGCGCGAGUUCAACCUCUCCGAGACGGUCUUCCUGCACGAGCCCGACACCACCGAGACCGACACCAUCGACAUCGACAUCUUCGUCACCGACGCCGAGAUCCCCUUCGCCGGCCACCCCACCAUCGGCAGCGCGUAUCUCCUCCUCCGCGAGCGCAGGCUGGGCCACAUCCGCGCCCUGCGCACCAAGGCUGGCGAGAUCCCCAUUGAGCCGCAGGCUCUGAGCGAGGUCGGCGCCGUCAACGCCGAGAUCCCCCAUGAUGUCCACGUCCACGCCGGCACGGUGGGAGACUUGCAGCCCGAGCCGCAGUGGCUCUCCGCGGAUGCUAACAUCCGUACCGCGGAGCGCUUCGCGCCCCUUGUUUCCAUUGUCCAGGGUAUGGCUUUUCUCCUGGUCGAGCUCGAGACACUGGACCAGCUGGCCAAGGUGCGUCCCGCGACCACGCAGCUGGUGUCGUCGGGUCUACUCGACGAGGGUGACUGGGGCCAGGGAUUCGUCGGUAGGUACUACUACGUCCCCGGCGAGGAGAAGGACGGCAUCGUGCCGAUUCGCGCCCGCAUGGUGGAGGAGGUUAUCGAGGAUCCCGCGACGGGCAGUGCGGCCUCUGCACUGGCGUGCUACCUGACUAUGCUGAAGGCCGGCGAGGGUGGCAAAUCUGGCGGAUCGACCAAGUACCAGAUCACCCAGGGUGUCGAGAUGGGACGGGAGAGCGUGAUCGACGUCGAGGUCAAGUUGGGCUGGGACAGCGAUGGGGAUGAUAUCAUCGAGCAGGUCAUGCUGGGCGGAACUGCGGUCGUUGUGAUGAAGGGAAACAUCGUGAUCUAG